AUGGCGGCAUGUCAAGAUGGAGCGUCGUUUGACUUUGUCAUCGUGGGCGCGGGCUCGGCAGGUAGCGUGCUGGCCAACAGGCUCACGGAAGAUCCGAGGGUGACGGUGCUGUUGAUAGAAGCCGGCCCUGAUUCACCCAUCGAGUGCAAUGUUCCUGGAUUGGGCUCGUAUGCCAAGUCAUCGUAUUUGAACUGGAAACACGUCACCGAACCAGAUGAAAAUGCUUAUCAAUGCUUGGAAAAUUACACAUACCCCGUAGGCCAUGGCAAAGUUCUGGGUGGGACUAGCAGCAUAAACGACAUGUACUAUGUUCGAGGCAAUCCUGAAAACUACAACACGUGGGCUGAUAUCAUCAAAGAUGAUUCGUGGGAUUACAAACAUGUACUACCAUAUUUCAAAAAAAGUGAACGUCUGGAAGACUCGGCAUUAUUACAUUCACGUUAUCGAAAAUAUCACGGAACCCAUGGCUAUAUGAAAGUCACUAAAGUAACGAUCAGUGAAUUUAAAAAUUACAGGAGCGUGUUUCAAGAAAUGGGCUACAAGGUACUUCCUGAUAUAAAUGGCGAUCAGCACGUAGGAGUUUGUGAACAAUUAAUGACGGUUGCCGAUGGUCUUCGUCAAAGUACUGCUAAUGCUUUUCUGUCACCGAUAAAAGAUCGCCCGAAUCUGUAUGUCUUAAAAGAAACUCUUGCUACAAGAAUAAUUGUAGAUAAUGGCAAAGCCACAGGUGUUGAAGUAAUUGAUAAUGAUAACAAAACUUUAACAGUCAAAGCAAACAAAGAAGUGAUAAUAUCAGCAGGAGCUAUAAACACACCACAACUUUUAUUGUUGUCUGGGAUCGGUCCAAAAGAGCAUUUACAGAACUUUAACAAGACGGUCGUAGCAGAUCUUCCUGUAGGAUAUAAUCUGCAAAAUCAUCAAUUUAUACUCAUGGGCAUUACAAUGCCAGGAGCAGAAGCGAUACCUGUACCUGUAAAUCCAUAUGCUAUAAACUCGGUUUUGGCCACAGGAUACCUGACAGCAAAUGCAACCGCAAAAUACCCUGACUACCAAGCCUUCUUUUUAAAAACAGGUGUUGAUGGAUUCGUUGAAAGUUGUGUGUUCUUCAAUUUUAACUAUGAUCUAUGCGAGAAGUUGUACAACGAAGUUAAAAAUAUUAAUUUCGUCGCAGUCGCAAUAACAAGUUUUAAUGUUAAAACUCGUGGAACAGUAGCACUAAAAAGUUUGGACCCAAGAGAUAGCCCUCUUAUUACUUUAAAACCAUAUUUGGAGGAAAGCGAUUUAGAGGACAUGAUCAGGAACGUAGAAGACUUCGCAAGGAUUGUGAAUACCACGUAUAUGAAGAGUGUUGGCGCGAAGUUCAUAACGUUACCCAGCUGUGAGGACUUCGAGGAGGGAAGUAAAGAGUACUGGAGGUGUUACGUGCAGUGUUUGGUCAGUUCUGGGUUCCACUUUGUGGGGACCAGCGCUAUGGGAUCCGUGGUGGACAGCCGGCUGCGCGUGCUCGGUGUUAGAGGACUGCGGGUGGUGGACGCCAGUGUUAUGCCCACCAUCACUAGUGGGAACACUAACGUUCCCACUAUUAUGAUUGCGGAGAAAGCCGCUGACAUGAUUAAGAAAGAUAACCACAUGCACAAUACAAUUAUUCCACGUGACUUUAAUAUUCAUUGCAGGUCAUUGUAGUUUAGAUUAGACUUCCUUACACAAAGAGGCUUCCUUAUAGCAUAAUUAUCAUUUAAUUUACCCCCACGAUAAUGUGUGUUCUAGAUUAAUCCUACUAAUUCCUAGUAAUAUUAUAAAGGCGAAAGUUUGGAUGUCAUGAUGUCUGGAUGUUUGUUACUCUUU